UGUAAAUGACAGUUCAAGACAUUUAUUCACAGCAGCUGUGAUUAGAAUAGAUAAAUUUUAAAGUUUCCACCAAAAAUGAGCAAUAAUUCUAUAAAUUUUUCACAAUCGAAGUCACCUAGUACCUCAAUUAACAUAGUGUUAGAUCAAGAUAAGUCAACUAGUUAACGUAAUAACUACAUUAUCAAUACUUUAUGUUAAGUGUUAAGUCAACAUUUUAAUGGAAUCGAUAACGAAAUAAAUGUAUCGUUAGCAAGUUAUGUAUGACUAUUACGAAUUAGAAGAUCGUAAAAUGCAAGGUAGCCUCCGAGAUUGGCGUAAAGCGCUGCGCACACCGGCCACGUACAGAGUGGGUAACACAGUGAGAAUACAACCUCAAUUUCUAUUCCUCUUGGUGGUAACUGGUGUAUGCCUUGCGAUAUUCUUCUAUUACAACUGGUGCACUACGAACACUGACACAAAGUACAGAUGGAUCGUCCCCACGCGGCAAUACAACACGACGUUUCCUCUAUCAAAACCAUUUCGUGCUGGUGAUGUGAUAUCAUAUAGAAUAGCGAUCGUGGCUGACUUAGACACGAAGUCGAAGAGUGACAAGCCACAUACAUUUAUAAGUUAUUUGAAAAAAGGUUUCUUAAGUUAUGAUAUAGUGAAGCAGUAUGCGACUGUACUGUGGGACACGAGGCCUACAACAGUUUUGUCCUCAACAUAUUCGCACAAAGGCAGAGGGAUGGAGUUGUCGGAGCUAAUUGUGUUUGAUGGUCGACUCCUUACAUUUGAUGACCGCUCAGGCAUGAUUUUUGAAAUAAUAAACAACAAAGUUGUGCCCUGGGUGGUACUGUCAGAUGGGAACGGCCACAAUGAGAAGGGUUUCAAGAUUGAGUGGGCAACGGUUAAAGACAAAGUCUUGUACGUCGGAUCAAUGGGUAAAGAGUGGACUACAGCCAGUGGAACUUUUGAAAAUCACGAUCCAAUGUGGAUAAAAGCUAUCAACAUGCAUGGAGAGGUGCAGCACUUAGGUUGGGUACGAGAAUACAAAUCUAUAAGAAACUCUAUUGGCAUAGACUGGCCGGGCUACAUGAUCCAUGAGUCUGGUGUAUGGUCUCAUAUAAAACAGAAGUGGCACUUCUUGCCUCGAAGAUGCAGCCAUGAAGCGUAUAAUGAAACGAAAGAUGAAGUGAUGGGAUGCAAUUAUCUGAUCACAGCUGAUAACAGUUUUAGCGACAUUCACGCUAUUGAGAUUACCAAACACCAACCAAAGUUUGGCUUCUCUUCAUUCAAAUUCAUACCAGACACAAACGAUGAGGCGAUAGUGGCUUUGAAAACCACAGAGUUUGAAGGCCAAACUGCAACAUACCUUUCUGCAUUUAGAACUGACGGCAAAGUAUUACUUGAAGAUACGUUUAUAGAAAACCUAAAAUAUGAGGGAAUUGAAUUUAUAUGAAGCACUUCAGCACUUAAAAGGUCAUAUCACUGUCUAUGUCCAAUUUUAGAUUUUGAUAUCACAGACCAGACAAUAAAUGUUCAUUGUUAGCCAUUUUUGAGACUCCACCUCAUAAAAAGAGUAUCCACCAAACACAGUUUCAAUAUUUAUUAAUUGCUGUUGUCCAUUAAAUAUGUGCUGCCUAUGAUGACGUCAUUGUUUAGUAGUAUUCAGUGUCGUGAUAGCCCAGUGGAUAUGACCUCUGCCCCCGAUUCCGGAGGGUGUGGGUUCGAAUCCGAUCCGGGACAUGCACCUCCAACUUUUCAGUUGUGUGCAUUUUAAGAAAUGAAAUAUCACGUGUCUCUAACGGUAAAGGAAAACAUCGUGAGGAAACCUGCAUACCAGAGAAUUUUCUUAAUUCUCUGCGUGUGUGUAGUCUGCCAAUCCGCAUUGCGCCAGCGUAGUGGGCUAUUGGCCAAACCCCUCUCAUUCUGAGAGGAGACUCGAGCUCAGCAGUGAGCCAAAUAUGGGUUGAUAACGACAAUUAAGUGUCGAGUGUGAGUUUGUGCAUUCGAUCCAUCGAUCUCUUAUUAUAAAGUGGAUGCACAUUCAGCGAAACGAAAACGUCCCCACUCAACUUGGCACUCAAUUCAAGUAGUCGCAUUUGAAAAUUCAACCUUAAAAUCGAAAGUCUAAGAAGAUUUAUACAAACUUUCAUCCCCUAUUUAAUCCCCUUAGGAGUGGAAUUUAUCAAAAUCCUUUCUUAGGGGAUGCUUACGUCAUAGUAGCUUUAAGCAAGUCUCAGCCCGAUCGGUUUAAAAUUUACAGUUUCAUACAAACUUUCAUCACGGGCUGUGUGUUGAUAGAUCACUAUGGCAGUCAGUCACCUUUGAGUUAUAUAAUAUAUUUAGAUUAUAAUUAAAAAUGGCAACAGGAGUGCAUUUCUGAUUUUGCUUCAUUGCAAUUUAGUGUACCUCAUAUCUAAGCGCAAUAGUUUUUUUAUUCAAUUUUAUAAUACACUAGUCAAGUCUAGAUAUUGGCGAUUUCUUUAGUAUAUCAGGAUGUUAAAUGUUAAUAUGAUUUUAAUCAAUUCACUCUAGGAAAAGUAAUAUUUUGUUACUGUUUGUUAAUCAUAAUCUGUGAUAUACAGACAGACAUACAUUUCUUUGUUUUGGUUGUAGUAUGAAUUGAAAUAUUCUUACACUAGUUUGACUAGUGUAUAUGUAUUGUGUAUACGUACUGUAGUGAAUUUGUAAAUAUGUAAAAUAAACUUUUUGUUACUUAAAA